AUGAAGUCUGUGCCAGUCAUCCAGUGUGUCACUGUAGCCCUCUUGGCAGUGUUGGCAUCGGGCCAGCCACAGAAGCCCAUGCGUCAAGGCACGUCUGAUUUCAUUCAGAGGUCCAUCUUCAGUCAUCGCCCAGCCUUGUUUGCCAGAAUCGACGAGCCGGAGCAACACGUCUACGAUGAUUUCCAAGACGACAUACCUUUUGAAGGCAUCGCCUACUUUGCUCAUCUCAACAAGACCAACUGCUUCUCCCCGACCAGCGACGGCACUUUCGACAUAGGCAUCGUUGGUGCUCCCUUUGACCUCGGUGUGACAUACCGUCCUGGUGCUCGCUUCGGCCCUGCUGCAGCAAGGACCGGCUCCAGAAGACUGUCACCGUCGAUGGGCUAUAGCAUGGACCAUGGUGUCAACCCCUUUCGAAACUGGGCGUCCGUCGUCGACUGUGGAGACAUCAAGAAUACCCCUUUCGAUAAGCUACAAGCGAUCCACGAGCUCCAGAAGGGCUGGGAAGCCAUCGCCGCGCGAAAGGUGCACAACACCGACAAGGGCAACGUCCCCAGAAUCAUCAGCAUCGGGGGUGAUCACACAAUCAGCCUUCCGGCAAUCCGCGCUCUGUACAAGACUUGGGGCCGUGUCGCCGUUCUACAUUUUGAUUCACACCUAGAUUCAUGGGAUCCGAAACAACUCGGCGGCGGCCUCACCAAGUACGCAGAGGUGACCCACGGGUCCAUGUUCCACAUUCUGCAUGAGGAAGGGUUUUUGUCCACCAAGUCCAACAUGCACCUAGGUUCGCGGUCGAAACUAUUUGACGAAAAGUAUGACCUCGAAAACGACGCCAGGUGCGGCUUCUCGUACAUUCGUGCUCGGGAACUCGAUUCCAGCAGCGUUGAAGAUAUCGUCAACAAGAUCGUCAAGACCGUCGGCGAUGAGUACGUCUACCUCAGUAUUGACAUUGAUGUCUUGGACCCAGCCUUUACCCCUGCUACCGGAACUAUUGAGCCAGGUGGUUGGACGUCAAGGGAGUUGUUGAAAAUCCUCGAUGGCCUUUCCAAGUCCGGUGUCAAGAUCGUAGGCUCGGAUGUGGUGGAGUUUACCCCUGCAUAUGAUAAUACGGCAGAGACCACCGGUAUCCUCGUGUCUGAACUUGUUUAUGAGAUUCUUCAGUGGAUGAUCAACGUUCCCGUUCACCUCGAGUGA